AUGAGGACUUCGCUCUUCCUCGGUCUGGCCGGCACGGCGCCUACGGCGCCUUUAAACUCCGGUCAAGUUGCAUCUUGUUACCCUGCCUCGUCUUCGUCAACCGGCUUCCACCUGGUGGCCAACGUGACCGAACCUUCGACCGACCUCACUCCCUCGCCAAAGAGAGCCGAGAGCCACGGCAUGAUAUUCUACCAGAACGGAACCGCAGAAGAGAUUCGGGACGGUCGCGGGAGCAUCAUAACCGACGGCGGCACACCCGCUUUCCCGUUUGGGAUCUACAUCCAGGCGGAGGACAGGUUCGACACAGCGUAUCCGGCCGAGCACGCCAUGACUAUCCAGCUCGGUUCCGGCACGACGAGAGUCUCGCUGGCGACUCUUCCCAGCCCAUACUCGUAUCUCACGGGUGGCGCGCAAGGCCUCUUCGUCGCCUGCCCUCGCACCAUCGCUUAUUAUGGCGCCGAGUUUGUGGUCGUCCGCUUUGCCUACGACACCGUUGACUCGGAUCCUACACUUAACGCUAACGAGCACAACGUCCCUGAGGGGUGCACUGCGAUCAACCUCCUCCCUGAGUGCGAUACUCUGCCGGAGCUUUUUGGGGGCGGCGUAUCGAGCCAUGAGUUUGCGGCUACCUCGAGGUGCUACGAGGAUGUGGCGGCUAUUGACUGGUCGGAUUGUGGUCCUUGA